AUGGAUCUGAGUUGGUGCCCAGCUCGCAGUUCCACCGAGGUCCAGGCACUGAGCUGGGGACUUGAGGCUCUUGCUGCUGUCAUCUUCCCAGACCGGAAGGACUGGCAGACCGAGUUCUGCUUUCCGGAGCUUUUCAGCUCAACUUUGCAGUCUUCUGCCUGGGGCCUCACACUGGCCUCUGAGACAAAUCAGCACAGAACACAGGACUUAAAAAUCUCCAGGCAGAGGUUGCUGUUGGGAGCCGGGAACCUGGCAGCAGGCGUCCCUUGUCUCCUCUCCUCCUCAGAAGCCCACACUCUCCGCUAUGACCUUGCUGCCUCGUCUCAGGAUGGGUCUGGGAAGACCCAGCUCCUGGCCCAGGGAUACCUGGAUGAUGAGCUCUUCUUGCUCUCUGAUGAGAAGAGCCAGAGAGCAGAGCCCUUGGGCCUCGGGGACAAGGGACAUGCAGGAUCUGAGACUUGGAGAGAAGAGACUGGAGACCUGAAGGAGAAGGGGCAGCAGCUGAGGAAGACUCUGGUGGAGUUUGUGGCCCGGAAGGGUCCAGAAGGGAGUGAGUGGGCCAAGCCGGAGCACAGGGUCCCCACUGUGAUCCCUGAAGGCAGCAGUGGGGUGGGGCAAACCACCGCCUGGGAUGGACCAGGCCUUCACACCCUCCAGGCUACCUUGGGCUGUGAGCUCCAAGGGAACCACAGCACUGCAGGCUUCUGGUGCCUGGGCUACAAUGGGCAGGAUUUCCUCAGCUUUGACCCGGGAUCCCUCACGUGGAAGGCGACACUGCCAUCAGCCCAGCAGAGGAAGAGGUUCUGGGAGACGCACGGCCCCAUUGCUUCUCAAGUGAAGAACUUCCUGUAUGAGUUGUGUGCUGUCCGACUCCAGAGAUAUCUGGCUUCCUCGGGGAACAUCCCAGUGAAUACAGGUACUGACCAUGGGCAGGAGGCUCCGCUCCCAGAGAUGGAACCUGGCACCCUACACAGAGAACUUUCCUAUUACUCUGAGUGGUUCUCCAGCCAUCGCUUUUGUUAGAGUCUGGGUUUUCUCUGAAUUCUGUGAGGGUGCUGAACCUGAGGUGAUCCUGAUGUGGGUGGGCAAGGGGGUCUCCUCUACAGCCACUGAUGGGUCCCUUACCUGGGGAAGUGUGAGGGGAGGGACUUUUCCCAAUGUGGGCCUGGACCUGAGGCCCAGGCAGGCAGGAGAAGACUUCUUUCUCAGCCUCAAUCUCUGGGAUUUUGAAUGGAAAUGAUAUUCUUCUUAUAGCCAGUGCCCCAGAGCAAGCAGGAGUAGCUAUUUGAAUUUCUGACACACAAAUUUAGGCCCUAUUAAACAAAUGACCCAUCAAAACAUGGGCAAAUGAAAUGAAUAGACACUUCUCAAGAGAAAAAGUAUAAACGUCCAGUAAGCACAUGAAAAAUAUUCAACAUAUUUAGCCCGAGGGAGAUGCAAAUCAGAACACCUCUGCGAUGGCACCUUACCCUGGGCAGAAUGGUUAUCAUCAAGAAUACACAAAACAACCAGUGCUGAAUGGACUGCUGAGGGUUAUUGAUGGGAAUGUUAACUAGGGCGACUACUACAGAAGUCGUUAUGAAGAUUUCUUAAAAAGUUAAAAGGAGGGGCCAGGAAUUUAGCUCAGUGG